CCCUUAACUAGUUUAUUUUUCUUUAACCGGUUAAUUAGGUUUGGUUAACUAUAAUAACUUUGGUAAUGAGCCUGUCUGUGACCGUAGAGUGACCGUGAUUAGCUGUGACAGGCCUGUGUCUGACAUAGCAAACCAUGAACUGCGUCCUGGAAGGAAACUCUAUAAAAGCAUUUGGGAAGGCUAUUCAUGCCCUGUCCCGGGUUGGAGAUGAGCUGUGGUUGGAUCCAAUGGUCAAAGGGUUGGCCCUGAGAUCAGUGAAUUCUGCUCAUUCUGCAUACGCCUGCUUCCUCUUCUCGCCGCUCUUCUUCCAGCAGUACAGUCUGGAUUCAGUCAGGCAGCAGGACAGUGGACCAAUCAAAUGCAAACUGGUAAUGAAGUCUGUGCUGCCACUUUUCCGUUGUUCGACUUCUAUUGAGCGCAGUGUGAAACAAUGUCAGAUAUCAGUCAGCACUGGCAGUGACCGAGUGAUCAUUCAGUUUUUCUGCAGACACGGCAUAACAAAAACCUACAAUGUGCGUUUCCUGGAAAGUGAGGCGCUGCAGGCAGUGUUUGCUUCACACCUCUGUCCCAAUGUGCUGAAAGCUCCUGCCAGGCUUCUGGGCAAUAUGGUGAAGCAUUUCCACGCGUCUCAGGAGGAAGUCACUCUGUCGAUGUCCGCCCUGAGAGUCAGUCUGAGAAAUUACAACGAGGGGAGAAAUGAUCACAUGAAGAUGAUGCACACUGAGAUGUCCUUACACCCAGACGAGUUUGACUACUUUCAAGCCGGAGUGGACUCGGACAUAACCUUCUGUCUGAAGGAGCUGAGGGGGUUACUGUGUUUUGCGGAGUCACAUUGCCUUCCGGUGUCGGUUCACUUUGGCGCUCCAGGAAAGCCUGUGUGCUUCUCUGUGGAGGACAUGGUCCUUGAGGCCACUGUGGUGCUGGCUACGCUGGCUGACUUUGAAAGCAGAGGCCCCUCACAGCCAACAGAGACCCCGGCCCCAACUACACACAGAUCUGCUCCCUGCUGUUCAAGGCCUUGUCCUCAGAGCUUGGUGAUGACGACGAUUAUGAUGAUGGUGGUGCUCCCAGACUACCUGUCCUGGCAUAUUUCAGUGACGAGGAAGACUAUCCGAGGAGCCCGUCACUCUGAGGGAAUAGCAGUUACCCACUAAUUAACAAUAUUCUUCUCUAAAUAGUUAUCAAAGUGUUAAUCUCUCCAGGAUAGUUUUUAUUAAAUAUUGUUAAAAUGUUUUUUUCCAGUUACUGUUCAUUGGAACAAUAUACCAUCCAUGUAGUCUGUCAAUAAAAAAAGUGCCAUCUUGGGAAGAUGCCACACCUAUCUGAUGGUAACUGGCACGCAUUGUGUCUGAGGAAUGUGGUAGCACAAACACAAUGUACAAAGUGUUCCCAGACUGUUGAGCAGUGAGCCAAAUGUCCUUCAUGUGAAUAAAAUGCCGCCGCGGUGUGUGUUCAAUACACAUCAGAGCCAUGAAAUACAGCAGGUUAAUAAAUAUUAUAGUCUUUAUUUAAACAUUGUACACAUGUGAAAAUGUUUUUUUGUUUCUUCCACAUAGACAUGCUCUGGUUUAAACAGAAAGGUGAGGUGGAUGAAAAGUCGUCCAGGGAGGUGUGAAACAGGAAGCAGGGACUAUGGAGCUUACAGUGGUAGAGCCAAAUGACUGGGAGAAGUGCUUUAUCAUUUUUGUUAAGGCUGCUUAGAUUGUCCUCAGUGCUGUAACACUUAAAAAUCACAUUUUGCCAACUCACUGUUCACCGUCCUGAAUCUGUUCUCAUUUCAACAUGACACCUGACAGCGUGAAAUUGUCAGACACAUUAAGGAAACGAUCCUUUAGAUUAGUGCAGAUUGUAAACAGUGAUCUGAAGAUCCACGGGAAGGAUUUUCUAAGUGUGGGAUGGCUUUAGUACUAUUCCUGAUUGAGUGCAGAGAGGAAGCAGAUUUCAGGAGAAAGGGGGAGGGGGAUAAAAAAAAAUUAAAAUACACUGGCGUUAAAAUGAUGGUGUUAAGACAGCAGGGCAUGAUGGGAAAGCUCUCUUUUUUUCAACUCUUAUGGCUACUUAACAGUUCAAUGCUUUGUGCUCAGUGCUGGCACAUUUUUAGGGGGAAGGUUGAAGACUUAUUUGCCAGUAUCAAUGACACAUGAUACAAGGCACAUUGUAAUAUUACACAAAAAUGUGGAUUUUACCGUGAAAUCUUCCUGUAGUGACGCAAAGAAACAUACUGACCAUUUUUCACAUGAAACCUGCAGUGACAUGACUUAAGAAUGCGCCACUGGAGCUCUACAAGCAGGGGGAGAGGAGGGAGAAAGACAGGAAAAGCAAAUGGUGACUGUGAACAAGAGUUUCUGUAAGCUACUUGACGCGGCGAACAAUCCCCACGGAACAAAGAGGUUACAAAAAUACAUUUGGUCACCUGACCAAUUUCCGCUGCGUUGAACUUUUUCAGAUAUGCUCCUUAAGCUUUGUGCGUUUAAGGCUGCGAGACCAAUUCAGACCAGCAGAUAUGGAGAAGUCUCUAGCCUACACAUCCAUUUCA